AAUAAAAAUAAAAAUAAAAAAAAAUAAAACUCUCCAUUCAUUAUUAUUAUUAAUAUUCUUGCUCUUCAUAUAUAUAUAAAUAUAUAGUUUGGUUUAUUGUGGUCAUAGUUGAAAAAACAAACUUUCUCUCUUUCUUUUUCAAUGGAGAUAUUUUCUUCAUCUUCUUCUUCUUAUCACCAUCAUCAUCAUAAUCAGAUGGAGAUUAUUAACAAUGGAUCAUCAGAUAAUUCAUCACAUUUGCCACCUGGGUUUAGAUUCCACCCAACUGAUGAAGAACUCAUAACUUAUUACCUUCUUAACAAAGUACUCGAUAGUUCUUUCACUGGUAGAGCCAUUGCUGAAGUUGAUCUCAACAAAUGCGAACCAUGGCAACUCCCUGAGAAAGCGAAAAUGGGUGAAAAAGAAUGGUAUUUUUACAGCUUAAGAGAUAGAAAAUACCCAACUGGGUUAAGAACUAACAGAGCUACUGAAGCUGGGUACUGGAAAGCUACUGGUAAAGAUAGAGAGAUUUACAGUUCUAAAACUUGCUCACUUGUUGGAAUGAAGAAAACUCUUGUUUUUUACCGUGGUAGAGCUCCUAAAGGUGAAAAAAGUAACUGGGUUAUGCAUGAGUACAGACUCGAAGGCAAAUUCGCCUACCAUUAUCUCUCUCGAACCUCCAAAGAUGAGUGGGUGAUUUCUCGGGUUUUUCAGAAGAAUGGAGCGAGUAAUGUAACCGGGUCGGGCACCCGAGUUGUGAUCGGGUCGAAAAAGACCCGAAUAAGCUCUAACAGUUACAAUAAUGAACCGAGUUCGCCUUCUUCGGUUUCGCUCCCGCCACUAUUGGAUUCAUCCUCACCGUUUCCUCCGGUUACUAACAGUAACGUUACGAUUACCGACCGUGACGGUUGUUCUUAUGACAGCCAAAUCCCAAGGGAGCACGUGUCCUGUUUCUCCACCUUUGUCGCUACCGGAACCCACGGCAGCAACGACAACAACAACAACAACAACAAUGGUUUCAACAACUGCUUUGAUCAGUUUCCGGCGCCGGUUUUCACCAGAACCUCCGCUGUAUCCGGUACCGGUGCCGCCGCGUGCGACGGAGGAGUGUCGGCUUUUCCGAGUCUCAGGUCGCUUCAGGAGAAUCUUCAGCUUCCGUUUCUCUUUCCUUCUCCGUCGCCGGGGAUUUCCUUCUACGGCAGCGGAGGAUCCGUGACUGUGCCGUCAGAGUUCUCCGGCUGUAACUCCGUCGGGAAUUGGCCGUCGCCGGCUGUGGUCAACGAAGACGUUAAGAACGUCGGAGCAACCGAACUCGACUGCAUGUGGUCUUACUGAUUGCGGCCGCGCGUGGGGCCCACUCGCCGACGUGGAUUUCAGGUUUUUGGAAAACCGCGAAAUCCGUACCUGCUUACGUGUUAUCUUAUUAUAAUUAUUAUUAAUUAAUUAAUUAAUGAUGUUUAGUGUUAUUAAUCAGUUUUAAAUUAAAGUGAGUGUGUGUGAUGAGGGGUAUUAUGGUAAAUUUGGUGUUAUAGGAAGGUACGUACAACACUACCUUUGUUUAGUUCAUGUUAGAAAACGUUAGAUUUGGUCUGUAUUAAAUAUUAGUGUGUUUAUGUGACUUUGAAGAAUGUUUUUAUUUUAUUUUAUUUAAGUAAUUGCGAAUGUUUUAAUUGUUAUGA